AUGGGUGCGUUAUGGCUUCAGCUUUUAGCUCCCUGCCCGCUCUCUGCCACAUCCCGCCUGUGUGGCCCUGAGCCGCGACACCGCGGCAUUUGUCUCCCGUACCCGGCGUACGGCGAAGGAUCGCAAAGGACAGAGGAACCCCGCAAGCCCCUUCGGAAACCUCGGGGAGGGGACGAGAGCCGAGCCCCGGCGGGGCAAGGAAGCACCGCUCGCUCCUUCUCCCCGCCGCCGCCACCGCCGCCUCACCGCGCUCCGCGCUCUCCCGGUGCCGCUCCGCGCUCUCCCGCCGCCACUCCCUCCCGGUGCCGCUCCCGGUACCCGGUAGCCCCUUCGGAAACCUCGGGGAGGGGACGAGAGCCGAGCCCCGGCGGGGCAAGGAAGCACCGCUCGCUCCUUCUCCCCGCCGCCGCCACCGCCGCCUCACCGCGCUCCGCGCUCUCCCGGUGCCGCUCCGCGCUCUCCCGCCGCCACUCCCUCCCGGUGCCGCUCCCGGUACCCGGCGCCGCUCCCUCACGCCGCUCGGCGCUCUCCGGUGCCGCUCACGCCGCCGCCUCCAAACAGCGCGCCCACGUGACCCGCGGGAGGGCGGGGCGGGAGCGCGCGCCCGCUCCGCUCCGCAUCACGCGCCGCCCGCGCGGGAGGAGGAGGAGGGGGAGGAGGAGGAAGCGGCGUCACGCGCGCGCACCCGCCCGCCGGCCACGUGACGCCGUGACGCGCGCGGCGCCCCCUCCCUCUCGGCGCGCGGGCCGGGGCCGAGGGGAGGCCCCUCCCCCGCAGCGAGGCGGCGCCGCCGACCCGGGAGCGGAGCAGGACGGGCCGCCUGGGCCCAUGGCGGGCGACGAGCGCGGCCCGCGCGGACGGGUGACGGCGGGAAACGGGCCGGGCCGGGCGCGGCGGGGAUGGGGGCGGGGGGGCGGCGGCGGUACCGUUUUACUGCCGCGUAACUGCCCCCUCCGCCCGCCGCCGUCAUGGCGACGGGGGAGCGGCCGCCACGUGACCGGGGCGGGGGCCGGGAGGGGCGCGGGCGCCACGUGA